GACGUGUGCAGAAGUCCUUCUUGUCCUGGUCGUUGUUCCCGUCUGAGUACCAGCUCCCUAUUACCCCGAGGGCGGGCCGGCCUCCAGCCGAGGAAAGGAGGCGGAAAAGAAAUUGUCCGGGAUCCCUGCAGUCUUUCCGUAGGUUGUGGUACCACGCCAGGCAAGAGAAGAGGAAGGAAAUUAACCAGAUCGGUGAAGGUCGAUUUGAGGUACUUCGUGUCCAUGUUUUCGAUCUGUCAUCCUGCAGGUCUGCUGUAGCAGGUGGCACUGCUUGAAGCAAGGGAGGAACUCCCCCCCCCCCAUCAGUGGAGAGCAGAAAGAUUGUUGGGUGUGGCAACACCUCACAGUAAAGGAAGAAGGGGCAAGCUGCUUGUUCCCAGGAGGUUUACCUCCAGAACUAGUUACUGCAGCUUCAAAGUGACUGAAGAAGAUCGUUCUCCAUAGGCCUGCGCUCAGGCCCGAAGCCCUCUUCCCCUAUUUUGAGUGGCCACUCUAUUUCCUGGUCCCUGCCGUUGUCAGGGACGAUUGCAUGGGCUACGCCAGGAAAGUAGGCUGGGUGACUGCAGGCCUGGUGAUUGGGGCUGGAGCCUGCUACUGCAUCUACAGAUUGGCCAGAGGAAGAAAGCAGAACAAGGAGAAAAUGGCCGAGGGUGGCCCUGCUGAUGUGGAUGAUGCCGGGGACUGUCCUGGGGCCAGGUAUAAUGACUGGUCAGAUGAUGAUGAUGAUGACAGGAAUGAGAGCAAGAGUAUAGUUUGGUACCCACCUUGGGCCCGGAUUGGCACUGAAGCAGGGACCAGAGCUAGAGCCAGGGCAAGAGCCAGGGCUACGAGGGCUCGGAGAGCUGUCCAGAAAAGGGCUUCUCCUAACUCAGAUGAUACUGUUUUGUCCCCUCAAGAGUUACAAAAAGUACUUUGUUUGGUUGAGAUGUCUGAAAAGCCUUAUAUUCUUGAAGCAGCUUUAAUUGCUCUAGGUAAUAAUGCUGCUUAUGCAUUUAACAGAGAUAUUAUUCGGGAUUUGGGUGGUCUCCCAAUUGUUGCAAAGAUUCUCAACACGCGGGAUCCCAUCGUGAAGGAAAAGGCUUUAAUUGUCCUAAAUAACUUGAGCGUGAACGCUGAAAAUCAGCGUAGACUUAAGGUGUACAUGAAUCAAGUGUGCGAUGACACAAUCACUUCUCGAUUGAACUCAUCCGUGCAGCUGGCUGGACUCAGAUUGCUUACGAACAUGACUGUUACUAAUGAGUAUCAGCACAUACUUGCUAAUUCCAUUUCAGACUUCUUUCGCUUAUUUUCAGCAGGAAAUGAAGAAACCAAACUUCAGGUUUUGAAACUCCUUUUGAAUCUGGCUGAAAACCCAGCCAUGACUAGAGAAUUGCUCAGGGCUCAAGUGCCAGCUUCGCUGGGCUCCCUCUUUAGUAAGAAGGAGAACAAAGAGGUUAUUCUUAAACUUCUGAUCAUUUUUGAGAACAUCAAUGACAAUUUUAAGUGGGAAGAAAAUGAGCCUGCUCAGACUCACUUUAGUGAGAAUUCACUUUUUUUCUUUUUAAAAGAAUUUCAAGUGUGUGCCGAUAAGGUUCUGGGAAUAGAAAGCCACCAGGAUUUUCUAGUGAAAGUAAAAGUUGGAAAGUUUGCAGCCAAACUGACUGAGCGUAUGUUCCCAAAAAGCCAGGAAUAACUUGGUGGCUUUGUAGUAUAGCAGCAUCACACCUUGUAAACUAUUCUUUUUCUCCACUUUGUUUAUAUGGCAAAGGAAUCCUUUCAGCUGCCAGUUUUGAAUAAUGAAUAUCAUACUGUAUCAUUGAUACUGAUAUUUAACCGAGUUUGUCUUCAGGUUUAAGUUGGAUGAAUGAAUACUACUUGCCCUGAAAACAUGUUUGUUGCUUUUUAUCUCGCUGCCUAGAUUGAGAUAUUUUUACUGUUUUCUCUACAUAAGUGACAGUGAACCAAUUCAUCCUAAGUAGGCUCCUUUCUGUCAUUUGCAUUGAUUUUAUUUGUGUAUCAUCAAUAAAGAUUUAUGUUAAUGCUGGAAAGAAAAAAACAGAAGAAGAAAGAAACUAUCCUGUUGUUUGGUUUAUAAUCUAGUUGUAGAGAUAAGAAACAUACAAAUAAACAAAUAAACAAAAAACCAAAAAAACAAACCCUGAGAACAUUUGAAACAUACAGUCUGUCAGAUGUGUGCCUUCAGAACAGAGAUGAGGCAAAGGCUUUGGUGGCUGGCCACAUGAGGCAGUUAAAGCUUUAGGCUUGUUGAAUGUAUUUUAACUAGGAAAGAAUUGGGGUCAAUAUAAAUGUCCUCCCCACACCGUGUCUGUCAUCAAGGAUGGUGUAGCAAAAUGCAUCCUUUCCAACUCUGGUGGUGGGCAUUUGGCAAUACAUAUCAUUAAGCCUUAAAAUAUGUAACCCUUUUGUCCUAAGGAGAUAGAAGGAUAAGUGGCCAGAGAUUGUAUGUGCAAGGCUGUUCUUGUCGGCACUGUCUUAAGGUAGUGACAUUGGGAACAACUCCAGUGUUCCACACACUGAACUGAUGAAGUAGGUUAAAGAAUGUCCAUGCUGUGUGAUAAAUGUGCUGAUGGAACUCAGUAUUGCUAGAAAAAGACACUCAUCAUACAUUGUUAAGUGAGCAAGGUAAGUUAGAUAGCAGUAUUCAGAGUAUGAUUACAUAUUGGGGGGAGGGUUAAAUCAUGUUUAAAAAGACACUAAAAUUUAUGGAAUUAUAUACACCCAGUAGUACUAAGAGUUAUAUUUGGAUGACAGAUAAUGAGUGAUACUUACUUUUUGUACUUAUUAUUCAUCUAUGUUUUUUAUUUAUCAAAAAUUAAUACUGAUUUUUAAGAAAGGCUUGGAAAAAGAAAAGUAUGGGGGAAUGUAGCGGGUGACUAAUUUGAAUGCGUACUGAGAGGAAAAUAUCUAGGCCCCAAAUGAGGUGGUCUGACGGUUCCACCUCAGAAUGAGAGGUGAUGGUGAAGAUAAGGCUGACUAUCAGAUUUGAGUGAGAGAACUUAUGCAAAGUAGCUACACUAUUCUUGCAUAUAGCAGCAGUUAAUCGAGAAAUGUGAGUACCUUUAAGUACUACCCAGAAUGUAGUGUUGAUGGGUCUUGGUUAACUUUCAUUUUGCUGGGGCAUCCUUCUAUGUUUCAGUGUCAUUUAAUAAAUAAUAAUGAUAAUAAUAAAGGUUAACAUUUAU